AUGGAAAUUGAUGGUGGUCAACUCGAAGGUGGUGGUCAAAUAAUAAGAACUUGUUGUUCUAUUGCAUCAAUUAAACAUUUUGAUAUAAAAAUUCAUUCAAUUAGAAAGAAUAGACCAAAACCAGGACUUGCUGAGCAACAUAUUGUUUGUAUUAAAUCAAUUGGAGAGAUUUUUGGAAUUCCAUUAGAAAAUGUUCGUUUAAAACAGUUAGAAUUAUUAUUUGAAGGGAGUAAAGGUAAAGAAAUGAAAGAACCAAUUUGUAAAACAUUCAAAAUGAAAGGUGCAGGUAGUUGUUGUUUAGUAUUACAAUCUCUUCUUCCUAUAUUAAUUAGCAUAGAAGGAAGUCACCAAGUAUCAAUACAUGGAGGAACACAUGCAUUAUGGGCACCAACUCCUGAAUUUUACAAUGACAUAUUAUCACCAGUACUUAAACUAAUGGGAAUAACACUUAAUGUUCAACUCAAAAAGUAUGGGUUUUUCCCAAAAGGGGGAGGACAAAUUGAUUGUUUAGUUCAAUCACCUUCAUCUAUUCAACCAAUUAAAUUAAUUGAACGUGGAAAUGGAAUUAAAAUAAGUGGACAAAUUGUUGGUGGAAAAGGAGAUGAAGAAGAAAUAAUUUCAAUACUUCAGUUUAUUAAAAAGGAGUGUAGAAAGAAUAUUAGAAUAAAUGGAGAGCCAUUAGUAUGUGAAGUAGAAGGAAGGUGUCAUUCAAAUGGGAAAACCAAAUACGUUGAAUUAUAUGUUGAAUUUGAGUAUUGUAGAAUAUCAUCAUGUUGUGUUCAAGAAAAUAAUGAAACAUUUAAAAAUCUUGUAAUUAGAACAUUAAAUAAGUUAUAUGAAGAAUUUGAACAUGGUGGGUGUUGUGAUGAAUUUCUUCAAGACCAAUUAUUAAUUCCAAUGGCAUUAGCAAAUGGUCAUUCGAUGAUAUCAUGUGGUAAAAUAUCGUUACAUUCUGAAACUAUGUUUGUUUUAUUAAAACAACUUCUAGGAGUUACAUUUAAUGUAAUAUCACAAGGAAGUUAUAAUAUUAUUGAAUGUUCUUUAUUAAAAUAA